CAUGUUUUCUCUAAUAGGUGUCUUCCUCAAGGCAUCGACAUCUAUUUUGAUAAUGUGGGUGGAGCCAUGCUUGAUGCCGUGCUUCUAAACAUGAGAUUGCAUGGCCGGAUCACCGUAUGUGGGAUGGUAUCACAGCAGAGCAUCUCUGGUGCUAAAGGAAUCCAUAACUUGUUCAUGCUUAUCGCGAAACGAGUAAGGAUGCGAGGGUUUCUGCGGAGCGAUUAUCUGAAUCUGUUUCCACAAUUUGUGGAUCAGAUUAUCAAUUACUACAAGCAAGGGAAAAUUGUAUACAUAGAAGACAUGAAUGAAGGCCUUGAAAGUGCUGCAGCAGUCCUUGUGGGGCUAUUCUCUGGUAAAAAUGUUGGUAAGCAAGUCAUAUGUGUCUCUGCUGAUUGAGUUGCA